CUCAAACCUUUUCUCCCCCCUUUUGGGCUACCAUUUGAAUCAUCAAUAAUUCCACAUGAUUCAGAUCUGUGACCCUUUUUCUGGCAACUUAAUUAUGCAUUUCACUCCCUUUAAAACGCACCUCUUGACUCCAAGUUUCAGACAGGCAAAAACAGAGCACACACAGAGAGAAAGCUAGCAGAUAUCAGUAGAAACCCCAAAAUUCCGAGCCACCUUCUUCUUCUUCUUCGUGGGAAUGCCGCAAAAUUAAGGCACAACCGGCGCUUCUGGAGCUAUAAAUUCACGGCGGCUUCUUCCUUCAAUCCACUCUGAAACAGAGCCAUCUCUGUUUUAACGUUCAUCAAGUAAACAGAGGACGUCAUUGAUUUCUCUUCAUUUUCCUCUUUGGGUCCUCGAAAGUUUCUUUCUUUUUAUAUUAUUAUCAUUCAAGGAAAUGGAUCAAACUGUGAACGAACAAAACGAGAGGGAUCAUCAAGAAGAGAAGCCAAAUCAAUCUCCAUUGAGCUUCAAAAGCCUCCUCUGGCAUGGAGGCUCUGUUUAUGAUGCUUGGUUCAGCUGUGCAUCAAAUCAGGUUGCUCAAGUUCUGUUAACGCUGCCAUACUCCUUUUCUCAACUGGGUAUGCUCUCGGGCAUCAUAUUUCAAGUAUUUUACGGCAUCAUUGGAAGCUGGACAGCCUAUUUGAUCAGCAUUCUUUACGUUGAGUAUCGAACUCGUAAGGAAAAAGAGAAUGUGAGCUUCAAAAACCAUGUCAUUCAGUGGUUUGAAGUGCUAGAUGGGCUGUUGGGACCAUACUGGAAGGCUGCUGGAUUGGCUUUCAACUGCACUUUUCUCCUCUUUGGAUCCGUGAUUCAGCUAAUAGCUUGUGCAAGCAAUAUAUAUUACAUAAAUGACAAGCUAGACAAGAGGACAUGGACGUAUAUAUUUGGAGCAUGCUGCGCCACGACGGUGUUCAUACCAUCGUUUCAUAACUAUAGAAUUUGGUCUUUUCUUGGGCUUGGAAUGACCACUUACACGGCUUGGUACUUGACCAUUGCAGCUGUUCUUCAUGGCCAGGUUGAAGGGGUCCAACACUCUGGGCCAACCAAAAUGGUGCUCUAUUUCACUGGGGCAACCAACAUACUGUACACCUUUGGUGGCCAUGCUGUGACUGUGGAAAUAAUGGACGCUAUGUGGAAGCCUCGAAAGUUCAAAUUUAUUUAUUUCAUCGCCACUCUAUACGUCUUUACAUUGACAAUCCCGUCCGCCACCGCCGUCUACUGGGCUUUCGGCGACCAACUCCUUACUCACUCCAACGCUUUCUCUCUUCUUCCCACCAACGGAUGGCGCACCACAGCGAUCAUUCUCAUGCUCAUUCACCAGUUCAUAACAUUUGGGUUUGCUUGUACGCCGUUGUAUUUCGUGUGGGAGAAAGUGAUUGGAAUGCACGAAACAAAGAGCAUGUGUCUGAGGGCGCUUGCCCGAUUACCGGUUGUGAUACCCAUUUGGUUUUUGGCUAUUAUUUUCCCUUUUUUUGGACCCAUCAACUCUGCGGUAGGGGCGCUUCUGGUUAGCUUCACCGUCUACAUCAUCCCAUCUUUAGCCCAUAUGCUCACUUUCAGAUCUGCCUCUGCCCGACAGUAUGACAUGUCAGGAACGUGUAUGUUUUGGGUGCAGAAUGCUGCAGAGAAACUUCCAAUCUUCCUCCCUAGCUGGGUAGGCAUGUAUGUGGUGAACAGCUUUAUAGUGGUGUGGGUCCUGGUCAUUGGGUUUGGAUUUGGAGGGUGGGCCAGCAUGGCCAACUUCAUCAAGCAAGUUGACACCUUUGGGCUUUUUGCAAAGUGCUACCAGUGUCCACCCCAGGGCUCAACAACAGCCCAUCAUUGAAUUUUCUCUCUCAAGUCUCAAUUAUAUAAAUAUACAAAGGCAUACACAGAGAGCAUCAAGGUUCCCCUCAUCCACCCUUCUGAUAUGCAUAUUAAUCUCAUCCAAAUCUUGUCUGCUCAUUCUCGUUAUAUAUCUCUAUGCGAUGCGAUGUUCGUUUUAUAUAUGUUUAGGAGAAACUGGAUGGAUUCCAUUCUUAGAUGGCUAUGUAUCAUUUUCUCCCACUGUUCUACUCUUUUGUGAUGUACUUGGAGGGACUGAAUUCAAAUUGCUAAAUCUGAAAGUAUUAGAAGGAUGUUUCUACAUUAGGAACAGAAAUGAAACUGCUAUGUUUUGGUCCCUUGCCUGA